CUCCGAAUUCCUCCACUCCCAGUAUAAGAAAAGACCUCGCCUUUUCUUUUUCCUGCCCCGUUUCAUCUUUCCCUUUUCUCCUUUGGUUCCAGCAGCCUCCCCUUGCCGCCACCUUCUUGGUCGCGAUGGCGGACGACCGCAUCCGGAUGGCCAUUGUUCUCGGCGUGGGCGCCGCCGCGGCCGGCGGGCCCGAGGCGGUCCGCCUCCUGCUGGCCGUCGCCGCCGGGCGGAGCACCGCAGCUGACGUCGCCGCCUGCGUGCUCCUCAUCUGCGCCUUCACCGCCCUUAUCCUCGGGAACCUGCUCCUCGCGCGCUUCUUCCGCGACGCGCCGCGUAAUGCAGGGGCGGCGCCGGGCACCCAGCUCUUCGCCAAGAUGACGGCCGCGGUGGCUCUGGCCUCCAUGUUCUUCGUCACUGCCUGCCUCCUCGCCAUCCCUUCCAUCCCUUCCGGGCGCGGGAACGCCGGCGGCGGCGCGGAGCGCUCUUGCCGUGCCUAACGGGGCACGCCGGCGGCCGGGUUCUGGAGUCGGCGAGUCGCUGUCGCGGCGCUGCGCCACCGCCACGCCCACCACACGCUUCCGUUGACCUGGUCCUCUGUCCACGUAUGCCCGGAAAUCCCCUACCUUUAAGAUGCGUACACCCGUACAGGUGAUACUACUCUACUACAGUCUACAGCUGCUCUCGUUUAUAUGAUGAACUCGAUUCCGAUCGAGGUGUAAUUCUUCUGCCAUUUACCUUCUUCCCGUCAUCCCGUGUUCUGCGAAUCUGAUGUUGUUUAUCCGUCUGAAAUGUUAGCUGAUCUGCUGGGAUCAUUUUACGAUGAAUUCUCAAGUGGGCGCCUUGUUUGGAACAAAAUCUGAACUUCUCCAGUACUGAGCUUUUUCUGCUUAUCUUGCAAACUGUUCUUUUCCUGCAAAUAUGCUAGACAGGGAACAGAUAUUCUAAUACUACGCUGGAAUAA